GGGGGGGAGCAAAAUUUUGGUCGGUAGAGGGCUGUAGCGCAGGCCAGGCUAGUAGGUUAGCCCACUUGCCGCGUCACGCCCGGCGUGGGGCGGUGGGGGCCUUUGUUAUACCCGCCUCCAACCAACCCACGCGCGGCGCCCACCGUUUCCGCCCGCGUCCUCGCCUCUUCUUUCUUCGCCUCUUCUGCACCGCGCUCUCGCUCGCCCCUCCGCCGCUUGGCCUCCACCCUCCCGCUGCCGGCUCCGCCGACUGGACUUCCGCCCGUCGCUGGCCGUCGGCGCGCCCGUUCCUCGCAGGUGAAUUGUUCAGGCUGAAUUGAUCGGUGGAAGCUGUGCAUUGACUAUUUUUUUAUCUCAGAAUCAAAGAGAUAAAUUGAACUGGGAGGCUGGGAAUCGCGAGAGAAGUGAUGUCUUUCGUUAGGCAAGCAGACCCAUCAGCAUCCUGUGCGGAGACCACUUACAUCCACAAAUUUGUGCCACCAGGAUCAGUUUUCCCAGCACAGAGAUUUGUCUCUGGCACCGACUUGCUUCACCACGGGCCUCAACCAUAUAAUGCUGAGGGCUACAAGCAGUCUGGUUUCAAUGGCACAGCGCCUCAUGCAUUUCAGAGCUUUUACAAUACUGAUAGCUAUGCUGAAUCUCACUUUAAUGAAGCACCAUAUUCUCCUGCAAUCUUCGAUAUAUCUCAGCAGAACUCUCAAUCUUUAUCGGAUAACCAGGCCUCUGAUCUUGUAGAGUUCGAUGAGGAUGAGAUGAGAGUAAAGCUUCAGGAGCUUGAGCAUGCUUUACUCGACGAUGGUGAUGAGAUCUUUUUUGACUUGUCAGGGAGCAUUAACGAUGAGUGGAAUGAUAACAUUAAGACAAACAAUGAAUGGGUCAAUACAAUGAAGAAUAUUGUGAGCCCCGACUCUCCAAAAGAGGCAUCACCUGAGUCAAGCAUCUGCUGUCUUGACAACAAUGUUGGAGAAGCACGGAACCCGAAACAGUUGCUUUUUGACUGCGCAGAAGCGAUAUCCGAAAAUAGCAUCGAUGAAGCACAGUCAAUCAUAGCAGAACUACGGCAGAAGGUGGCAAUUCAAGGAGACCCUUCUCAGAGACUUGCGGCCUAUCUCGUGGAGGGCCUUGCUGCCACACUACAGUCUUCAGGAAAGGGCAUCUACAGGGCCCUGAGGUGCAAGGAGGCCCCUACUUUGUACCAGCUUUCAGCCAUGCAGAUCCUCUUUGAAAUCUGCCCAUGCUUCAGGCUAGGCUUCAUGGCUGCUAACUAUGCUAUUCUCGAAGCCUGCAAAGGCGAAGAUGUCGUGCACAUCAUUGACUUUGACAUCAACCAGGGUAGCCAGUACAUAACUCUUAUCCAGUUCCUAAAGAAUAACAGUAACAAGCCACGCCUUUUGAGGAUAACUGGUGUCGAUGAUCCAGAGUCAGUGCACAGAGCUGUUGGAGGACUGAAUGUUGUUGGGCAGCGACUAGAGAAGCUUGCAGAGGACUGUGAGGUACGGUUUGAGUUCAGGGCAGUGGCUGCUAACAUUGAAGAUUUGACUGCUGGAAUGCUAGGUCGCCGUCCCGGAGAGGCCCUCAUUGUUAACUUUGCAUUCCUGCUGCACCACCUUCCUGAUGAAAGUGUCUCAAUUAUGAACCAAAGGGAUCGGCUUCUCCGUAUGGUGAAGGGUCUCCGACCAAAACUAGUGACGUUGGUGGAGCAGGACGCAAAUACUAACACUACCCCAUUCCCUUCCAGGUUCCGGGAGGUCUAUGACUACUAUUCGGCACUUUUUGAUUCACUGGAUGCCACCCUUCCAAGGGAAAGCCCAGAUAGAAUGAACGUGGAGCGCCAGUGCCUCGCACGGGAAAUCGUCAACAUCUUAGCUUGUGAAGGCCCUGACCGUGUGGAAAGGUAUGAAGUGGCUGGGAAAUGGAGAGCUAGGAUGGCAAUGGCGGGCUUUGUGCCGUCCCCAUUUAACAGCGGCGCGGUUGAUGGCAUAAGAUCUCUACUGAAAUCGUACUGCGAUAAGUACAGGUUCGAGAAGGUCCAGGACGGCCUCCACUUUGGCUGGGGCGACAAGACGCUCGUCUUCUCUUCGGCGUGGCAAUAGAAGCUUGCUUGUAGUAUUGCCGAUCUGAGCACUUUCCAGCGUUUUAGGAGCAUCUGGUGCAAGGGCUGUAAAGAGAUUUCUGUCGCCGUAUUGUUGAAGUACACUCGUAGCUAACCUUAGCGUGUUGCCUGCCUGUAGGCUUGUGAGGUCUACGGUUUACCUAGUUUCUUAGAUGAAGUAUGUUGUGCAUUGUACACCUACUGAACUACAUGUAGACUGUAGAGUCGCGGGUGUAUUUAAUUUUGCCCUUCUUUUGGAGGGGCAGAAUCACAAUAUGUCGACAUUGUUUCGUGUAUAAAGUACUGGAUGAUGAUGAUGCUCUUUUGUACUGGUCAUGAGAUGGGAUAAAAUAACAAAAAAAAUCGCCAA